CCAGCUGACCCUGCAGGCGUACAGACAGAGGAACCAGCCAACUGAACUGAACACACGAAUGGACUAGCAGCGAGGAGACACCACCGGCGGAAAACAUGACACGGGGAAGAGCAGGUUGACAAAACAAGAGAUUUGGUCCCCUUGGAAGUACUUUCAGCUGUACAGGUCAUUGGUUCCUGUUCUGAAGAGGAAGAGAAGUUAUUUAAACAGUUAGCAACAGGAGUGAGGGAAGUCGGGAUGUACAGCUUGCCAGGGGUGGGGUCCGAAAAGAGGCAGAGAGAGAGAUCUGGGAUGGUGUUGACAAAAACGUGGAUGGUGUAAACUAUUUUUGAUGUUUUGAAUCGUACUUUAAAAUUUUUUUUUGAGUAGUUCAGAAGUUACAGAAAGCCAGUGAGACAAACAAAAUUGGAGACAAUGGACACCCUUGCCGCAUGCUAUUACAGAAGACUUGACCGAAGAAUAACUAGCAUAAACGUUUUGGUGGAAUUAGCAAGAGGAAGAAAGUGAUCACAUAGGAAGAGUAAAACAGGAUGUGUCUGUUGAAGUAGUGAGGGAAGUCGGGACAUACAGCUUGUCAGGGGUGGGGUUCGAAAACAGGCAAAGAGAGAGAAAGAGCUGGGAUGGUGCUGAUGAAGAAGGUGAACGCUUUAAAGGCAUUAAAGGAUGUCUAAGGGCCAAGGACAGCUGGAGUCGGUGGAAGGGGCCCAGAACACGGGGCCGGUGGGACUGCAGACGCUGCUGGAUCUGCUCGUGGGGGUCUACCAAGAGUUCUGCACGUCGCCGUUCGCCAGGGAGAAGUACGUGUGCAGGUUUCUGCAAUGGGCUGAGCCUCUGGUCCGACAAGUGAAGAGGACCAGGAUCAAGAGGGAGGACUUCCACAUUCUCAAGGUGAUUGGACGAGGGACCUUCAGUGAGGUUGCUGUGGCUCGGAUGCGCAGCACUCAGCAGGUCUACGCUCUGAAGAUCAUGAACAAGUGGGACAUGCUUCAGAGGGGAGAGACCGCGUGUUACCAGGAGGAGAGAGAAGUGCUGCUUAAGGGAGACCGCCGCUGGAUCACAGAACUGCACUAUGCCUUUCAGGACGACAACUAUCUGUACCUGGUGAUGGAUUACUAUGUGGGCGGGGACCUCCUGACGCUGCUCAGUAAGUUUGGAGACCGUCUGCCUGAGGACAUGGCUCAGUUUUACUUGGCUGAGAUGGUACUGGCCAUUGACUCUGUUCACAGACUGGGAUAUGUGCACAGGGACAUCAAGCCAGACAACAUCCUCCUGACUGCAGACGGACACAUCAGACUGGGGGACUUUGGUUCAUGUCUGCGGCUUUCUGAGGAUGGCUUGGUCCAUUCGACGGUGGCAGUAGGGACCCCAGACUACCUGUCCCCUGAGAUCCUGAGGGCCAUAGAUGGAGGAGGGGGCUACGGCUUUGAGUGUGACUGGUGGGCCCUGGGCAUCUGUGCCUACGAGAUGCUGCUCGGGUGCACUCCGUUCUACGCCGAGUCUAUCACAGAGACCUAUGCCAAGAUCAUACACUUUCAGGAGUACUUUGAGUUCCCCCCAUCUGGCCCGGAGCUUUCGGACAGGGCACACUUGUUCAUCACGGGUCUAAUCUGCGAACGGGACGUCAGGCUGGGUGGGAGGGGCCUAAGCGACUUUAGGACACACCCCUUUUUCAGUGGAGUGGACUGGAGCUCCUUGCACAAAGCCCCAGCGCCUUACGAACCAGAAGUGACCAACCCGACAGAUACGUCCAACUUUGAUGUAGUGGACGACUGCCUGAGUGAAAUGGAGACUCUUUCAGACUUGAUGGAGCCAGCUCCUGUGGGGGUGCACCUGGCUUUUGUUGGAUACUCCUACACUGCCACCAGCCAGACGGGGGCCUUGGACCGCAGCGAGGACAUCAUGCUGCAGAUUGACCACACACGGCUCAGGGAGUGUGAGAGGCUGUAUACCCCGGACAAACUGAGGCAGCUUUGGCAGCUCCGGGGUUCUCUGCCUGAUAACCUGAACGUCCUGCUGCAGCUGCCUGUAUCUCUGGGACAUGGGCCAACUGUCUCCUCUAUGUCCACUACUGUGUCCACAAUUUCCACUAUGUCCACAACUGUGUCCACUGUCCCAUCUGUGUCCAAUAUGUCCACUCAAACCACAGAGGACGAGGAGGAUACCCACAUAUCUACUGUUCAAGAAGACCUGCACAGACGUCUGCAGGAGGCGGAGAGGAGGUGUGGUGAGCUGGAGCAAGAGAUGGACAAGCUCAGAGGAGAACUGAACGACUGCAGAGCCACCAAGGCCUUAAACGAGAGUCCGAUAAACCUACAAGAAGAGCUGCCUGCACAUUGUAUGGACGCACCUGCAGAUAGGGAGAGAUCGCCCCCUGUCUGCCACUACCCGCUGGUGAUCCCUCUCCACAGGCACAUGCUUCUCUUUCACAGGGUACGCCGGCCACAGGUGAGGAGUGAGUGCUACCUGUUGGUGUGUUGCAGAGGGAAGAUGCUGACCAAAAGAGGGCGCUGUGACACUGAGAUCGUCUGCAGUGUGUAGCUGAGACUGACCACAGUGGAUAACAUGGCAGGCAAAGACUGUCAGAGCUUCAGAUGUCAUGUGUGUGUGGACAAGCUCACAUCCAAAGAUAAUUUAACCCAGGCAAUAAGGAGGACAUGAAGAGAAGAGCUCUGAACUGCCUUAUGUCAACUUAUACAGACUGAACUGCCUUAUCUCAACUUCUACACUGCAAAAAAGUGACAUGACUUGAACUCAGAAUGUUUGUCUUGAUUUGAGUAGUUUAACUAGUUUUGAUUUAUCUAAUUUAUAGGCCAAAUGAGUUACUUUGUUUAAAUACUGUAGCGUUCUGGUGUAAGGAAUCACGCCAAAUUUCUUCUGAUUGUUUAUUUUCUGAGCACAAGGGCUACUGUAGGCUGUAACCCACGCCAAAACAAGAGCAAAACAACAGCCGUCUCAACUCACUAAAGCCAGUUUCCUAAACAGACCAGGAAAUGAUGAAUAGAAUCUUCACAUCGGCUUGUCAACAUAGCAACCAAGUGUCGCACACAAGAGCAGUUACAUUAACAGCAACACAUAAAGAGUUACAAAAGUGACAAUAGGUAUCAACUCUGAACUAAACACAAAAUAUCAGAUCAUUACAGUAUAUUUCUGACUGUGAGGUAUAGGUAUAUUUAAUUAAAGGUAGUAUAAAAUAUAAUGCUUCAGUACAGUUUUUUUCAGUCACUUUGGCACGUUUUCUGAAACUUUUCAUAAAUCUGGCAAAUCUUUAGCACACUUUGCAAAACUAUUCACACAAGACACAAAACAAUUCAAAAUGUUAGAGCAAGUAAACUUUGUGAACAAAACAUAUAACGCUCUUGUAAAAAGGACACUUUGUGGUUCAAAUAUAAACACAGUCAUCAGAUUUAUAAACUUAUCUAACCAUCAUCCAGACGCUGGCCGGAGAAUGCUACAACACUUUUAGACGUGUAGUGUGAUGGAGUAGGACCAGUACUGUACUGUUUCUGCAGAGCAUAUGCUGUAAAUAUGUGUCAAAUCAGGUUCUGCAAAAAGGUUUUUGUAAUUUUGAGAAAAGGCUUGGAAAUGGAUAAGGUUGUGCGAGCAUGAUGAGUAUUUGCUGCCUGAGAGAAAAGUUUUGAAAUUUGUGCCAAAAUUUUGCCUUUACUGUUACAGCAGUUGAAAAAAAACUGUAAAACUGUAAGCAAAGUAAGCUGUAAGCAUGAUGG